AUGAAAUUUAUUCCAGGGACGAGCGAUACUGCUGAUCAAUCAGUCAUUUCUUUAGCCGAUUCUGCUAGUAAUUUUGGAGACCAUGUCGGAGACGAAUUUGAUGAAGUUGAAACGAUAGAAAGCGAAAAUAAUUUGCCUACGGAUCUUCAGAGUCGGAUUUUCAACGGGUGGAUGUUUGAUAGGAAACGACCGUCAAAUAUACAACUUCCCAAAGAUACUGUUACCAUUCUAAAUUUCCCCAAAAAUGUGCCGAUACCUCCUUGCCCAGAAGGGAUUGAUCCAAAAAGUUGGAAACAAGCCUUUGAGGAAGCGACAGUUUAUCUGAUAGGAACAGCUCAUUUCAGCCGGGAGUCUCAAGACGACGUUAUCAAGACUAUCACAGCUACUCAACCAGAUCUUGUCAUGGUUGAGCUUUGCCCUAGCAGAAUAUCAAUAUUAUCAAUGGACGAGCAGACUUUGUUGAAAGAAGCCAGUGAUCUCAACACUCAAAAGAUUCUUACUACUAUCAAACAGAGCGGCGUUGUGCAAGGAGUCUUGCAUGUUUUGUUACUUUCAAUGUCAGCUCACAUCACUAGAGAGCUUUCAAUGGCACCUGGUGGAGAAUUCCGAGCUGCUCAUAAAGCAGUGAUGCAGACACAGCUCUGCCGGUUGGUGUUAGGAGACCGACCCAUCCAUGUCACUCUUCAACGUGCUUUGGGAUCACUCAAUCUCUGGCAAAAAAUCAAGUUCUUCUGGCAUGUGGCGUUGUCCCAUAAUACUUCGAUAACAGCUGAAGAGGUUGAAAAAUGUAAACAGAAAGAUUUGCUCGAACAACUGCUUGCGGAGAUGGCCGGUGACUUUCCUAAACUUAGCAAAAUUUUCGUUGAUGAGCGAGAUGCUUACAUGACCCACGCUUUGCACUCUCUCUUGAUAAAGAAUACGCUUGAGAAACGGCUGUCAUGGGAGCGUACGGAUGUGGACUGGCAACCUCUCAGGGUAAGUUAUGGUCGAUCAGGUUAACU